GGAUCUUUUUCGAUUCCUCAUAUUCAUGUCAGAGUGGCCUACCUGAAUCCACGCCAUUCUAUUCAAUUUGGUUCCCUAAAGUCCAUGAAAACCAAACCGGGACAAGUCAUGUGCCUCGCCUGUUAGACCAGGGGUCGGCGUUGGAUGCAACAAUGGAACCAACAAUGGAACCCAUGGCAACGCUAACAUGUAACCACGACUUAAAGAACGUCCCCCUCGCACAUACAGAACCCAUCUACAACCAUCAUGCAGCCUUUUGACGCCGAAAGAACGGUAGAACUCUUCUUCAAGCUCUACGCAGUCCUCGUAAACCUAGCUUACAUCCCCUUCGAAACCAUUUCAUUCCCACCACACGAGCUUCAUCCCAAUGACCUCGCUCGCUGGGGCUCAAACAUGGACCCGGUGGCUUUGGAUCUCGUCAAGAAGCUGCCGUAUCUGAAGACAGCCCCCUUCUUUCAAGCAGGGUUUACGAUUGCGCCUGGGACGAUCAGUAAGGACUUCAGUAAGGACUUGAGUAAGGACUUAAGCUAUGCGCAGCAUCCGCUGGAUUGGUACGAAGGAGACCAUGAAUAUGUAGAGAGGUGGAGUUUGUGUUUGACCAACGGGUUUGACGAGUGGGCUUCUGGGUGGCUGAUUUUGGAUACGAGGAAAGGUUCGUUGGUGAUGUGAUUAUUGUCAUCUUUCGAUCUUACUCGUUGUCUGUCUUGCUCUGACUCCUUCCUAGGUACCAUCACAAAAGUAGACUGGGAUAACGAAAAUGGCAAACCAGACGGCACUCCUGAUAAUUACUAUAACUACCAGGAAGCGGCACCUAUUGAAGAUGUGCUCGAACCAUGGAUCAAGCGCUUUGUCGACUUGGAAUGGAUCCCUUGGAACGGGCCUGGUUCUUGGAACGGCGAAAUUUUGAGGUCUGAUUUGACUGAGGAAGACAAUCUAACUCAUGUAAGAUGGUCAAGUUGCUGUUCUAUAGUCUUGUCUGUGGCUGAGAUGUUGAGACGAUGCUGAUAUCAUGAUUAUUUAGUAUCGCGCUAUGAAAGAGAUGUACCAAAGCCAUGGGUGGCCGCAAGCUUCCCAAUCGUAUGUAAUCAACACUAGUAGCGUCGGUACAUAGAGCCGUAACUAUGCCUUUGACUGAGGUACGAAGUUAAAGG